AUGACAACCUUUUCCAUCUUUGGGCUAGAACGCCCGGCCGUGUUGGCCCUGUCCAUUGCGGUUGGUGCGUCCUAUGUCAUCUACCUGGUGACGAUCACGAUUCAUCGACUCUUCUUCCACCGCAUCUCCCACAUCCCCGGGCCAAAGCUUGCUGCUCUCACAUACUACUACCAGUCGUACUACGACUUCUUCCCGCACCAGGGUCAAUUCAUCUUCAAACUCGACGAGCUCCACAGAAAGUAUGGCCCCAUCGUGCGCAUCGGACCCGACGAGGUCCACGUCAACGAUGCCAAGUUCUACAAGGAGAUGUACGGUUCCUCAACACACAAGCGCAACAAGAGCCCGAUCUGGUACUGGAUGCAUGGCCUCGGGGCCGUGGGCGACCAGAGCAUGUUCAUCACGCUCGACCACGACCAUCAUCGGCUCCGGAAGGCCGGGCUGGGCACCUACUUCAGCAAGCGCAAGGUCCAGGAGUUGGAACCGAGAGUGAAGGAGAAAGUCCUACUACUACGGCAGAGGCUUCUGGAACGCGCCGGCGGUGCCCCGGUCAAUCUCAAGGAUGCCUUUGGUGCAAUGGCGCUGGACAUUAUCACGCAGUACUGCUUCAACCGAUGCUUCGGAGCGCUUGACCGCCCAGACCUCGGGCGCGAGAUGAACAAGCUGAUGGGGGUCGGCGUUAAGAUCAACCCCUUUGCUCGCACGUUUCCGACCCUGGCCCGCACCGUGAUCAAGCUGCCGAGGUGGGCUCUCAAAUGGAGCGGCCUCGUGUCCACCACGGCCGAGUUCCUCGACCUCGCCGACAGGCUGUCCGCCGAGGCGCGGAACGAGGCGAUCCGCGACCUCGCCAGCGGCAAGUACUCGCAGACGGACGAUGCCGACUCGAGAACGGUCCUCCACUCCAUGAUGCGGAGCGACGUCCUGCCCGAGCACGAGAAGACGGAGAAGCGGCUGCAGGCGGACGGCAUGACGCUGAUCGCGGCCGGCUUCGACACCACCAGCCGCACCCUGACCGUCAUCUUCUACCACCUCCUGACCAAGGACCACAUCCGGGCCCGCGUGCUCGACGAGAUCCGCACCCUGAUGCCGACCCCGACCUCCCCGCUGCCGACCGUCGCCCAGCUGGAGCAGCUGCGCUACCUGACCUGCGUCAUCCACGAGGGCACGCGCCUGGCCCACGGCGUCGCCGGCCGGCUGGUGCGCAUCGCGCCCGAGGAGGACCUCGAGUACUACAGCCCCUUCGACGGGCGCCGGUACACCAUCCCGCGCGGCACCACCUUCGGCCAGUCGUCCUACCUGGUCCACACGGACGAGUCCAUCUACCCGAACCCGGCCGAGUUCGACCCGGACCGGUACUGGACCGACGACGGCAGGCCGACCGACGCCCAGCGCUACCUCGUCCCCUUCGGCAAGGGCACCCGCAUGUGCGUCGGCAUCAACCUGGCCUGGGCCGAGCUCUACCUCACCAUUGCCGCCCUGAUCGGCACGGUCGACAUGAGGAUCGCCCCCGGCACGACCGAGCACGACGUCACCAUGGUGCAAGACCUGUUCGUCGGCGUCUUGCCCGAGAAUCCCGGCGUUCGCGUGAACGUCGUCGGGCACCUCCAGGCUUAA